AUGGCCAAGAGCAGAUAUGAAUACGUCAAGCUAUUCGAACAAGCUGAUCAAUGCUUGCGAAAUUGCUGGAUAGUUGUACGUCUUGAUGGAAGAUGCUUUCACAAGUUCUCCUCCCAACACCGAUUUAAGAAACCCAAUGAUGAUCGAGCUCUCAAUUUAAUGAAUCACUGUGGAAAAGCGGUCAUGAAAGAAUUCCCCGAUAUUAUCUUGGGUUAUGGCCAAAGUGAUGAGUUUAGCUUCAUUUUCAAGAAAAGUUGUAACUUAUUUGGUCGCCGAGCAAGCAAAUUAAUGACAAAUGUUACGUCUCUAUUCUCAUCAUCCUACGUCUUUUAUUGGAAGAAUUAUUUUAACGACAUUUUGCAAUAUCCUCCAACUUUUGAUGGACGAGUGGUAUUGUAUCCUUCCGAUAAAAAUCUUCGAGAUUACUUAAGUUGGAGACAGGCAGAUUGCCAUAUUAACAAUUUGUAUAAUACUUCCUUUUGGGCUCUUGUACAACAAGGACAAUAUUCAUUACCUGAUGCUGAGAAAAAACUAUGUGGAACGGAUUCCGGCGAUAAAAAUGAACUAUUAUUUAGCCAAUUUCAGAUCAACUACGAUAAAGAACCUGCAAUAUUUAGGAAGGGGUCAAUUUUAUUAUGGAAGGAGAACGUUGUCCGCAAGAGAAAAGAUGUAGUUGUAGAGCAUGUAGACAUAAUUGGCGAUAAUUUUUGGACUGGAAAUUCUCAAUUAUUAUCAUAA